GCCGUCUCCAGCACACACAUCCCAACUUGCAAACAUGGUGAAGGUUCUUGCGUUUGGCGCCUUAACAGCCUCGUUCGCGUCGGCCGCGCUGCCAGGUCAAUGCAAGACCGACAGCAACUGCGCCCAGUUUGGCCAGGGCUACACGUGCGUAUCAGUGCAGUCCAACGUGGCGGGCAUCGCGCUCGCUUCCCAGUGCGUCCUGGGUAGUGCAUGCGGUGGCAACACCCCCGGCAAGUGCCCCACGUUCAGCUCGUGGACGAGCAAGUUUCAACAGAUCCAACCGGUGUGUGCGUUUGCUCCGGCGGAGAACUGCGUCCCGACACGGCCCCCCGUGCUGGAGGGCGAAGAAAUGGCCAUCAACCCCGUGACCACCGCCAACCCUGCGUCCGUCAACUGUUACACCGCAACCUUCACCGCCAACAACGACACGGUCAAAGUCCAAGGCAUUUACAAAUGCUUGGACGCCGAAAUCUACACGAGUCAAAACCUCGGGGGCCUCCAAAACCUCACCGAUAGUCAGAUGCAGGCUUGCCAAGGCAACGCAACCGACUCGUUUACGCCCCCCGCGCUCUGCAAUGGCCACGGCACAUGCUCUCCCGUCGGGUCGCUCUCGUCCACAUACCGAUGCGUGUGCAACCAAGGGUACAGCGUUGACGACAACUGCCUCAAAGCUGUCUCGAACGUUUGCGACAGCUUUGGCAGCUGCGGCCAAGGCAACACGUGCGACCCCACGACAGGUCAAUGUAUUUGCUCGGAAGGGACGACGGGGCCUCAGUGCUCGUUGUGCGAUGGGUCACCCGCCGCGUGCUCUACGAAUGGCGCGUGCAGCGACGGUGUGUGCACAUGCAAGGACGGGUACAUUGGCACAUUCUGCGAAAAGAUCAAACCUGCAACGCCGUCGCCCAGCACCACCGAUUCCGGCAACGGAACCGGGAGCGCGGCGACUGCGACCGUGUCGAUGGCCGUCGCCGCUGUCGGGCUCUUGACUUGGGUCUUUGAAUCGACGUACACCCACUAGCUGCUACUUUAUGAACCAACAUGUCAUUCGAUUCCUCUUGAA